UUGUCAGGCUCAGAACAGUCACACUGGAGUCACAGAUCAGUUUGGAAGAGUCAGUGUUGCGUCGUCUGCUCUUGUGACCUGAUCUCACUGAGAAUCCAUGGCGGAUAAGAAGAUGGAGAUGUGUGAAGUGGAGACGUCUCUGAUGACUUCAGAGUCUAAACCAGCUCCGGCCAGAACUCCCAACAAGUUUGAGAAGAUAUAUCAGCCGUGCCUGGGCGAGCUGGUGGGAACCGCGUUCUUCGUGUUCAUUGGCUGCGUGUCAGUCAUAGAGAACGAGGAGUCUAUGGGGAGGCUUCAGCCAGCUUUGGUGCAUGGUUUUGCUGUCGCUGUCUUGGUGACUUGCAUGGCUGAGAUUAGUGGCUCUCAUUUCAACCCUACAUUCACCCUGGCCAUCUAUCUGUGUGGGGGCAUGGAGCUGAAUAUGGUGGCCCCAUAUCUUGCAUGUCAGCUGGUUGGAGGGAUGCUGGGAGCUGCUAUGGCAAAGGUGAUGACCUUCAACGACAACUUUGCCAAAGUCCACGGGGCUGCGUUUGCUGUGCUGCAGUCAGACGACCAAGUUGGAAGAGCUCUGUUUGGAGAAGUCGCCAUGACCUGCCUGAUCACCAUGGUGCUGCUGCUGGGUGCCUUAAACACCAAGACCAGGAACCCCAUGGUGCCUUUCCUGGUUGGCUGCACUGUAAUCAUGAACAUCUUGGCUGGUGGCGAUAUAUCUGGGACAUGUAUGAACCCAGCCAGAGCCUUUGGUCCAGCUGUAGUGAGCAACUACUGGACCUAUCACUGGGUCUACUGGGUUGGGCCUAUCGCAGGAGGUCUAAUAGCAGCAGUUUUGAUCCGACUCCUUCUUGGAGAUGAGAAGAUACGACUCAUUCUGAAAUAAACACAUCAACUUAAAUUAGAUAGCUAGAUCAUGAAUGGUUUCACCUUUUGCCUUUGUUGCAUAACCUGCUUGUUUGACAUGUUCUGUCAUAGUUACACAAUAAAUUUGACCUUUUUUAAGUGAAA